CUGCUGGUUGUGGUAGCAACAAGGUCAAGUAUAGCCUCGGAGGGAGACGAACUACCCGAAUUUAUCAGUUGCGUCAAUUCGACCAUUGCAGCACAGUGCAGCAGCAGCACGGCACAACAACAACAACAGCAGCCGCUGUAUCUACGGCUUACACUAUGGACUUGCGAAGACAAUUGCCGGUAUAAUUGCAUGCAUAGUGUUACCGACGCUCGACCCGGACCCAUGUACCAAUUCUACGGCAAAUGGCCAUUCUAUCGUCUCUGGGGCAUACAAGAGCCUGCAUCGGUGGCCUUUUCCCUCGGCAAUCUCUAUAUGCACUACCACUACCUUCGCAUGCUGGCCAAAGAAAUCCCGACAAAGUACUAUCUACGUCCGUUUAUACUGGGCUAUGCGGCAGUGAAUAUCAAUACAUGGAUCCAAUCGACAAUUUUCCACACGCGCGACCUGCCGUUCACCGAAAAGCUCGACUAUUUCAGCGCAGCCAUGUCAAUCUUGUACUCGGUAUACUAUGCCACUUUGCGGAUAUUCCAAAUCGACGACCGACGCAAACAACUGCUUCUGGGAGGCGUGCUUUUGGGUCUUUUUGCAACACACAUGUUCUUCAUGUCAUUUGUCGCGUUCAAUUACGUCUACAACAUGAUCAUAUGCGGUAUCUUUGCAGUACUUCAAGGCGCCAUGUGGGUGAUGUGGUACUUUGUCGUUGGUUAUCUGCGGCAAAACAAGCGAGUGCUUUCGUACGGGCACUGGGUGCUCUAUGCAACCGGGGCGAACGCAUUGACGGUGAUGCUUGAAGUAUUUGAUUUUCCACCGAUUGGACGCGUGUUUGAUGCACACAGCUUGUGGCAUCUUUCGACGAUCUUUGUUGCGCCAUUAUGGUAUCAUUUUGUAAUUCUGGACUCC